AAAAAAAAACUCUCCAAACGCUUCAGAUGUCUUGUGAGCCUUUUAUUUCUCGAUCUCCGCUGCUUUUUUAUUCUUCGACAUUGCUCGCAGGAUCAAAUAUAUCCAAGCACGGAGAAAGUAUCGAGAUUAAAACGUUCUCAGUGGGGGAAAAAGAGAGAGAGAGAGAGAGAGAGAGAAAAGAAUCGGAGCAAACUGUUUUGGCGCAUGAGAGCAGUGUGAGUCUGUGUGGAGCGCACACAAUAAACCUGUUGUUAACCUUGCUGUGAAAAUAUGUUUGAAGAAAACAGCCAAUUGUUGUAUGAAAUGUAUUCAAGUAUAAAAUAAUGCCCUUUGUUUGGGGGGAAAAACUUGAGCAAUGUGAGGGUACAAAAGUCCCCUGUGGCAUUUACUAGCACCCUUUGUGCAGUUUGCGCUUUGGCGUCUCCACUUGGCGCAUUACCCAGGCCCCUUUAAACGCGAUUGUUUCUUUCUUUCUAAUGACAUUUACCGGAUCAAAACAUGCUGUUAAUUCGAUCAGAAAGCUUCACCCUUCAUAACAAUGGCAGUAUAAUUUCUCCCAAAGUUUGUUAAGUUGACCGAAAUUAGGCAAAUGAAUAGGGGUCUCCAGGCUACCCAUCUUGCAGGUGACGGGGAAUAAUGCGCGUUCACACCAGCUGCAUUCUUCUUUAUUUCUCCCUUUCUUUCACAGCAUUAUUAAAAUUUAGGCCAAUGAAACUAUUCAUUCGACUGAAUAGACAUUUUCUUAUAGGAUAAUAGGAUACAAAUUGAGCCUCUCCAAAGAGUCUCCAGUGGUGGGUAACCCUCGUGUGCCAGAGGCUGCUGGAGACGCUGGCCUUGACGCAGACGACGCUCGUGUGCCAGGGCUAAUCACACACCUGCCGAGGAGUCCAACAAAAUAAAGAAUGUAAACAAAAAGCUUGCCAUCUCUCAUAAAAGAUGGACGUGUCACCAAGUCGUGUGAGAAACGCCGAGAACAAACGGGGGGACUCCGUCUCCAAAAGAUCUCCCCUGAACUUGGCGGAACAGCCUAUUAAAGGCUUACUUAAUUACUCUAAUGACACUGGACAGGCCUUAAAACUCGGACCGGGCUUGGAUGAGAGUUAAGAUCGCUUGCUGGGAUUUGUAAACAGGCGAUCGUGUGAGAAACGCGAGUUGGAAGAAAGAGGGUUUCUUUUUUCGCCGGCUUUGUUUUCAGUGCGCACAGUGCGCCCCGCCGGAUCAGGCGAUCCCAACGCUCACUUCUUAUUUCCCGCCUGGGUUGUUACUAUGCAAAUAAUAUUCCGAAAGUAAUCACGUGUCUUUUGAACAGCCACGUGGAUUAACAAAGCAGGUUUGCCCCCCUGCCAGCCCAUGGCUUUAGAUUUUUACUAUUUCUUUAACUGAUCCUAAAUGCACACAUUUACCCAAUGCAUGGCUCUAAUCCCAUGGAAUAAUUUACACCGUGAAUGCCGGAGUCCCUUGGAUGAUCCCUUUAUAAGGACCCGUUUUCCCCUCGAACGUCAGUCUGCUUCAUCUCCUGCCCGAGCAACACAUCUCUGCAACCUGCAGCUGAACUGAUUUUUUAACAAGAUUGACAGAAAUUCGUCGAUGGCAUCUAAGAUGAAGGACAGGAAGAGAACUCCCAUCUCUCACAAAGUCAUUGAGAAACGGAGACGGGACCGUAUUAACCGCUGCCUUAACGAAUUAGGAAAAACUGUUCCUAUGGCGCUAGCAAAACAGAACUCUGGAAAACUGGAGAAGGCUGAAAUCUUGGAGAUGACGGUUCAGUACUUGAGAGCACUCCACUCAGCGGAUUUCCCCCGCGGGAGAGAAAAAGGUGAAUUGCUGGCCGAGUUCGCAAACUACUUCCACUACGGCUACCACGAGUGCAUGAAGAACCUGGUGCACUACCUGACCACGGAGGACAGGGCUGAAACCAAAGACAUCAAGUACGCACGGAUCCUCGCCUUCCUACAGUCCAAGUCCCGUGUGGUCACAGAGCCCGUGUUCGGCUCCGUCGGCUCCAUGCCGGAACCGUCCGACUACCUCAGCCAGCUGCACUCCUCCCCGGAGCACCAAAGCCACAGCCCGUCUGACUCCGUGUACCAGCAGAGUCCUCCGGGACACUUCUCCUGGCACAGCUCGGCGCGCAGCCCGGGCAUCGGGUACCCAGCGGUGCCUCUGUCCGCGCACACGCAGCAGCACGGUGGAUACUUGUCACCGGUGCAGGGACUCGAUCACCACUACUUCAACUUCAUCGGCCACACGCACGCAAACACGUUCAGUUUGCACAGUGCGCAGCACGCCAUGUGA